UCCUAGGCAGUGCCAAUCCAAUUGUUAACCGAGGAUAAUGAUGAAGUUCGUAGUUUUCGCAGUUCUGUUGCCAGCAGCCGUAUUUGGCCUAGCCGUACGACCAUGCCCCAACAAUGCUCCGCUUCCGCUUGAGGUUCGCGUCACGGACUGCAACCAGGAACCGUGCGUGAUUCCAAUGGGUGGAAUGGUCGACAUGGACCUGGAUUUCAUCCCGAAUCGUGCCAGCACAACGGUGGACGCUGCGCUCAACAUCUUCCUCGGAAACUUUCGUGUACCGUAUGAUCUGCCGGAAAAUCAACGAAAUGCGUGCAACUUCUUCGCUGGACGUGGCUGCCCCGUGAGUCAAGGAGAGACGAUCAACUACCACCUGAGCACUCCAGCUUCGGCUCCGUUUGCCGAUGUGACGGUAGAUUUGGAACUGCAGCUCACCGGAGAUGAUGGCCAGCCGCUGUUCUGCUUCCGAUCGUCUGCGACAAUCACCGCCGCCUAGGAUAGAGUUUGAUUGAUGAAUAAAUGUCCGGUCCAUUAUUUAGAUAA